UUUAAAAAAACAAAGUUGACACCCUUACCAGUAUAAUAAACAAAAGUAUAAUAAGUAUAAUAACUAGGGCUAGGGACUUCUAAGAGUUUGCAUAUUUUACAAUUAUCAUUAAAAACAUAGCUAAGUAUUAUAGAAAUUUGUUUCCUAGUAAUACGAGUUUAAAUUAAAAAUUUUUAGUUGCAUAUUUUGCAUAUUUAGCCAUUUUUUGUUUAUAAGUGCACAUUUGAUCAUUUUUGAUAUAAAAUGUUAGUUUUUAUAAAUAUUUUACACUAAACAUUUAAAUUUAAGUCGAUUUUCUAGAUCAGAAAUAUUAAUUUUAUGGUUUUUACGUUUGUAAAAUUAGUGUUUGUUUCUCGGUCGAUCACUCGUAUUGUUAUUUAUGAGUAGGUAAACCACACACUGACAUACGUGAUUCCAAAAGGCGAUAAUGACACCAAAAUAACAUUCUAUGACCAUUACCUACUCCCAUUGACCGGACGUGCCCCUUGAAUAUUUAUAUUUUUGAUAAGUUGAUAGUUGGUGUGCGUUCUUCGUGGUAUCGUGUUUUCUUGUAGUAUUGCUUGAAUCCUCAAUAAAAUAAUAAAAAUGCCUAGACCAAAACCAAAAGUUUAUGAUCGGCUAAACGAUUUUGUAAAAGAAUUCGGUGAAAUAAUAUUUUCGGCGGAUAAAUCUGUUUUAUUUUGUAAAAUAUGUGACAUUAAAGUUAGUGCUGAGAAAAGAUUUACUGUAAUUCAACACAUAAAAACAGCAAAACACAUUCAGGGUCUUUAUUGGCAACAAUUGAAACCAAAAAAAACUCAACAACUUGUAUCCACUUCUUUCACAAAGAAAAACGAUUUUAAUAAAGAUUUAUGUAAAGCAAUGUUAUCGGCUAAUAUAACUUUUUAUAAAUUAAAAAAUAAACAUUUUCGAGAAUUCUUGGAGUUGUAUACUAAAAAAGAAAUAUCGAAAGAUGCCACUCUCCGAAAAGGUUAUGUUGACUAUUUAUAUUUGGAAACAAUAGAAAAAAUUAAAAAGUUUGUUGACGGAAAAAAUGUUUGGGUCUCAAUAGACGAAACCAGUGACGCAGAAGGACGCUUUAUUGCAAACGUUAUAAUUGGAACUCUUACAAUUGAUGAACCGGGUUGUAUUUAUUUGUUGAAUUCGGAAGAGUUAGAAAAAGUAAACCAUUCGAGCAUUUUUAAGCUUUUUGAUCAAUCGUUGAACUUGCUCUGGCCACAAGGUGUGAAAUACGAUGACGUACUUUUAUUUGUAACUGAUGUCGCGCCUUAUAUGAUUAAGGCCGGUAAAGCAAUUCAAAAUUUGUAUUCUAAAAUAAUACACGUAACUUGCUUGGCGCACGGGCUUCAUCGAGUUGCUGAAGAGAUAAGAAACCAGUAUAAAAACGCCGAUCAACUCGUAUGCAAUGUGAAAACAUUUUUCUUAAAGCGCCGUCUACUAUUCAAACAUUAAAAUCUGUUUCACCUGAUAUUCUAUUACCUCCUCAACCAAUUUUAACCAGGUGGGGUACAUGGAUAGAUGCUGCUUUAUACUAUAGCAAACAUUUUAAAAUAAUUAAACAGGUUAUUGAUAUGCUUGAUGAGAACGAUGCAGAAUCUAUCAAAAAAUGUAAACAAAUUUUAAAAUCAGAUAAUUUGGAAGCAAAUUUAGCUUUUAUCAUGUAUAAUUAUAGAUUUAUUUCAACAUCUAUCACUCGACUUGAAACCCAAGGCAUGGCACUAACUGAAUCCAUUAAAAUAAUUAAAUCUACAGAAGAAUACAUUAAUUCUGCAAAAAUUGGAGAUUCUGUCCAAGCUAAAGCAAUUGAUGACAAAUUCCAAAAAGUUAUGGAGAAAAAUGUUGGAUUUGAUCAACUACAAAUAAUAUCAAACAUUAUAAAUGGACAAAAUGAAUAUAUGGACGGAUUGCCUGCAGAUAUUAGUAGUGGUGAUAUUCCGUUUUUUAAAUUUGCACCAAUAAGUUCCAUUGACGUGGAACGUUCCUUUUCAAAAUAUAAAAAUAUUUUGGCAGAUAACAGGAGGUCAUUCAAAUUUUCUAACUUACGAAAAUAUCUAAUAGUUCAAUGUAAUGUUCAAGGUAAUUAUUACUAUGUUAAUUUAAAAAAUAAACACAUUUAUUCAAUUUC